CGGGUUGGGUUGGUCGCCAUCUUGGCCGAGGCGAGGUAGCUGCUAGCAGAGCAGCGGACCAGAACCGAGCCGCCCAGAACCGAGCCGCCGCCCAGACCCGCUACCGGGGCCUGACCCAGGUCCACCAGGCCCAGCGAGCCCCAGCCCGGCAGCUGGACCGGAACCCGGCCAGCACCAGCACCGCCGGCUCCUCAGCCCAGCCCAGACAGGAACUGUUGCUCCGGUCCGGUUCGGUUCGGUCUGGGUCCAUGUUGCUGCAGCCCCGCCGGACCAGGAGCGGAGCCGUGUAGCCGGUACCGGUACCGGGACCACAGCUCCAUGUUCCGGGACCAGACCAGGAGCGGACCGGGCCCGCGCUGAGCCGGAACCGGAACCGGAACCAUGUCCGCCAGGACCCCGCUGCCCACCGUCAGCGAGCAGCAUGCCUCAGGGGCAGACAGCCGCGGUGAGGCGGCGUCCCGCUCCGUUCGCUCUGCCCGCGGUAAAAACGCGGCGGCGGCCGGCGGGGACGACGUGCCGCACGUGGGGAACUACCGGCUUCUGAAAACCAUCGGGAAGGGAAACUUCGCCAAGGUGAAGCUGGCCCGACACGUCCGGACAGGCCGAGAGGUGGCCAUCAAGAUCAUCGAUAAGACCCAGCUGAACCCGACCAGCCUGCAGAAGCUGUUCAGAGAGGUCCGGAUCAUGAAGAUCCUGAGUCACCCCAACAUCGUGAAGCUGUUUGAGGUGAUAGAGACAGAGAAGACACUGUACCUGGUGAUGGAGUAUGCCAGCGGAGGUGAGGUGUUCGACUACCUCGUAGCUCAUGGGAGGAUGAAGGAGAAGGAGGCCAGGGCUAAAUUUAGACAGAUCAUCUCUGCCGUGCAGUACUGCCACCAGAAGCGCAUUGUUCACCGGGACCUGAAGGCAGAAAACCUCCUCCUGGACGCGGACAUGAACAUUAAAAUAGCAGACUUCGGCUUCAGUAACGAGUUCACGGUCGGUGGGAAGCUGGACACCUUCUGUGGCUCUCCUCCGUACGCCGCGCCAGAACUCUUCCAGGGUAAGAAGUACGACGGCCCGGAGGUGGACGUGUGGAGUCUGGGGGUGAUCCUCUACACCCUGGUGAGCGGCUCGCUGCCGUUCGACGGGCAGAACCUCAAGGAGCUCAGAGAGCGGGUCCUUCGAGGGAAAUACCGCAUCCCCUUCUACAUGUCCACUGACUGUGAAAACCUGCUCAAACGCUUUCUGGUGCUGAACCCGGUCAAGAGAGGGACUCUGGAGCAAAUCAUGAGAGACCGCUGGAUCGGUGGCGGUUCUGACGACGAGCAGCUGAAACCCUACAAGGACCCAGAGCUGGACAUCAAUGACCAGACCAGGAUUGACCUGAUGGUGGAAAUGGGUUACUCCAGAGAUGAGAUCAACGAUUCCCUCUCCAAGAUGAAGUACGAUGACAUCACAGCCACUUACCUGCUGCUGGGACGGAAGGCUGCUGAGGCGGAGGCCGGCGACGGCUCCUCCCUGCUCAGACCUCGGCCCUCCAGCAGCAGCCAGUCUCCUGCUCACCUCCUCACCACGCGCUCCUCCUCUUCCUCCAAGCAGAGGAGGUACAGCGACCAAGUAUGUCCCGCCUCCUCCACCGCUCCUCCCCCGAGGAGGAGUCAGGCUGCAGCAGAGGGGGAGGCCAAGCAGGACGGGGGAGGUCAGAGCAGGAAGUCCAGCCCGGUGGAGACCAGCAGCCCGUUGCUAAGCAACAACCCCAACAAAAGCGACGCACCAGAACGCAGGAAGACGUCGGCCCCGCCCCCUGCCUCGUCGUCCAGCAUGACGAGGAGGAACACCUACGUCUGCAGUGACAGGAGCUCCACGGACCGGACGUCUGCCGUACACAACGGCAAAGAGAACAGCUCGGAGACCACGCCCACCCAGCGCUCUGCAGGCGGAGCCUCCACCCACAGCGUCAGCAGUGGAGCCACGCCGCCGGACCGGCUGCGGUUCCCUCGCGGGACGGCCAGCCGCAGCACGUUCCACGGCGGGCAGCUGCGUGAGCGGCGGACGGCCACCUACAACGGCCCCCCCGCCUCCCCCAGCCUGUCCCACGACGCCACGCCCCUGGCCCAGUCCCGCAGCCGCGGCUCCACCAACCUGUUCUCCAAGCUCACCUCCAAGCUCACACGCAGAGGGACGUCGGAGGUGGAGAGGAAUGGCCGCCCUGAAGGCUCCAGCCGUAACGUGGCGACGGAGCCGAGGGCGGAGCCGGCGUCCCCCGCCGCGCCUCACCUGAAGGAGGGGAAGCCGCGCUCCCUGCGCUUCACCUGGAGCAUGAAGACCACGUCGUCCAUGGAGCCGCUGGACAUGAUGAGGGAGAUCCGGAAGGUCCUGGACGCCAACAACUGCGACUACGAGCAGCGCGAGAACUUCCUGCUGCUCUGCGUCCACGGCGACGGCCACGCCGAGAGCCUGGUCCAGUGGGAGAUGGAGGUGUGCAAGCUGCCCCGCCUCUCCCUCAACGGAGUCCGCUUCAAGCGGAUUUCAGGAACCUCCAUCGCCUUCAAGAAUAUCGCUUCCAAGAUCGCUAACGAGCUCAAACUCUAGACCUACGGCUGCAGCUGUCGGGUGAUCAGCUGAUCACGUCCUGAUUGGAAGCUCCUCCACAUUUCUUGGUGACUGAUGCCGCGGCCCGCUCACCCUCCUGUCUGUGGGGUUUCCCCUCCAGCUCAGCAGGGGCAGCUGCGCCUCACACCUAACAUGAUGGACUUUGGUGCAAAGGAUCAUGGGACUCUGAGUCCGGACGAUUAGUUACUAGCUAUUAUUUCCAGAGCCUCCGCAGACACGGCUCUGCAGCGGUCUCAGGCCCCGCCCACCCGCGCCCAGGUGGGCGGGGCCUGGGGGGAGUCUGUGUUUGUGAAUGUAAAUAGUUUCUCACCUCGUUUUCAUGUAGGUUUUGUACAUGUGAGCAGUCAGCUGACGCUCAGGCUCACCUGUGGCUCAUUAAACACCUGAACG